AUGGAUGUCUCUUGUCCAACCUCUCCUAUUGACGACGACGAGCAUUUUGAAUUUGUCGACUAUACAGCAGCUUCACAAUGGGAACGUUUUAUAACUACUGUUGAAGAAAUAUUAGUGGGCUGGGGAGUAACAGACGGCCAACUUGGAAUAUUUGACGAAUCGAGCUUACCACCUUUUAAUCAUAAAACUUAUGCUAAGACGGUUGGAGGUAUUGAUCCUUUUGUGAAACGAGAAAUAAUUAUUCUUGAGGAUAAGUCGUAUACUUUAUCUUAUCAUUAUCAUCCAAUAAAACGCUGGAAUGAAUUGGAUAUAAAUAAUUCAUCCUCUGCAAGCAGCUCUCCUUCACAUUUUCUCCCUCCACCUACGACAACACUUUUUCCACCAAAUCCUGAUCCAUUUUCACCUAGUUCUGAAUUCCUUCCACACUUCCUUCCGAAUAAUUCACACGACUUAUCAUCAGUAAAUUUAAAUACAAUUCAUCGAUGGACUGGUCUUACCCAUAUUUUGGUUUUGACUCCGACCGAUAUUUUUUCUUCUGGAUCCGCCCCAAAAUCUAGUACAAUUGAUCUUAGUACUACAAAACUUCUUCUUUCAUCUUUUGCCAUUGUAUUUCAUAAUACAAAAUGCAAACUCCCAGUUUUUGUUCCAACUGGUCAGAUUACAAAUUUAUUAUAUGCCGGCUAUAUGUGUUUGUUUAACAAAGAUGGUUCCAACAACGUUGACGAUGCUAGUGAGGUAGAAAUAAGAUUCAAUACUACCUACAUUCGGGAGAUUCCACCUUGCUAUUCGCAUCUAGCGGGUUUAGCUGAUCUCUUUAUUGAAAAAAUGGAUUUAAAUCAAUUGCCCUUUGAUCAAGUUGAUGAACCUAAAUUAGACAAGAUGCCACAUCUUGGAAUUUCCGUUGCUGCUUUAUUCACUUAUGAAUUACAAAAUUGGGAUGACCAAGAUUGGAAAAAUCUUAAUUAUGAAGAUAUUCAGCCUACUUCUCUUAAUAAUUCGAAUGGCAAAGUUGCUUCAUUUGAGGAUGAUUUUUUUGAAGAAUUUGAAGGGCGAGAUGACAGCAUGUUUGGUAAUGGUGAUAAAAAGGACACAUCUAAUUAUCCACGGACAUCUACAAAUGAAUUUGUUUCUCCGGUCGUAUCGAUAACAAAUUUACCCUUAGGACCACUUAAUGAUCCACUUGAGUCAAUGUCUCUUACCGCGUUUUUUCCUUCUGCGCCAUGUAAUACAUAUUUAGACAACGAUGUUUAUUCUGAAAUGGAUGCCAUGGGUGCUUCUAUUUGGCUGUUGAAAUGUAAAUUUUAUGAAGAAAAUAAUUUAUAUGGCUUGUUGUCUAGCCUUAUAGAUAAUAUAAUUUCUUCUUGGAUAAUUGACAGCGGCAAUAAACUUUCGGAAACUUCAAACAGUGGCAAUCGUAACAGAGAACUAAGAAGUAUACCUAAUCGCGAUUUGCCAGGUAGCUUCAAUGAUUAUGAUCUGUUUGAUACAACUCGUUAUGUUCGACAAACUACUGGUAUAAUUGUUGAUAUGGAUGAUGCAGAUAUCGAUAAUAUAUUGCGAGAACUAUUUAAUGUAUCACGAAAGAAAAGAUCAGCACCAUAUUAUAAUUCUGAAGGAAUCAAUACUUUAAGUGGUAUCACUCUAUUUUCUGCAGCAACGUUAGGCCUUCAUUUUAAUCACGCAAGGAUUGUGCCAUACAAAUCUUUCAUGUGGAAUCUCCUUGAAUAUUUAUUAGAAACAGUCUCCAGAACAUCCAAUUUCAGAAGCUAUUCGCUUUUAGGAUCAUUGAAAAUAGUCUGGAACGAAGUGCUUAAGCGUAUUAGGUGGCAUUGGGAAAGAAACGAACCUAUACCCGAUAUUAACAUAUAUAACUGGUCUGAUAAUUCAAAUUCAUCACUUUUUAAUUGUGAUAAAGAUGCUUCAACUAUCAAAAAUAAAAAUGAGUUAUCAUUAAAUAAAAAUGACAAUACCGCUGUUGGAAUUGAUAUGCGGUUCAACCUUGUUCAUCAAAAACUGUGUAUGAUUAAUUGUUGUAUCGAACGUCUACGGAAAUCUAAAACAAAUACUUCAACAUUAUCUACAAGUUUUAAUUCAUCUAAAGAACAAUUGCCCGAAAGUAACUCUUUUGAGUCUAUAAAGCCAGAUAAAUCUUCUGACUUGGAUCCAAAAAUGACAAGCUCAGAUGAUUUUCUGGUUCGACUCUUUGAUCGUAUUACGGAGGAUGAUGAUAAUAUAGAUCCUUCGGCGUCAUUGGUAUUUGUGAGACCAGAGAAUUCAAAUGGUGCUACUCACGCUGAUAUAAGCACGACUACUGCCACCAAUGGAGAAAAAUAUUCGAAUCAUGUUCAUUCUCGCAGCAUAGAUUUUGUAUCAUUGCCUCCAGAUUAUGAUGGUUCUUCGGAAGACGAUUUCGUUGAUCCGAUAAAUGAGAUUCCAGCUGUUCUUCCUCUACGAAUUCCUAAAAGUUCAAAACAUCAUAAAUUUAGUUCACGACGGUCAUCAUCAAUUUCCCAGGGUCAAUCCUAUUCAUCCACGCCACCGUCUUUUUCUGAUCAAUCAGAUCCAAACCAAAUUUCGUCAUUGACAGAAUCUUACGUAAAACUUGAUUACUCAGCCAGUAUGGAGUCGAAUAAAGGAUUUGAUAAGGAAAAACUUACAGUAAACGAGGAUGAAGUUUAUAGUGAGGUAAAUGAUGAAAAUAAAAGGGAGGGUCAUUUACAUCCGUUCAAUGAUCUCACUUUGUUGGCAACUGGUGAACCUCUUUGGGUACCAGAAACUCAGGAAGUUGGUUUCAUGACCGAAGAUAUGCUACGUGAACAAGAAGAGAUAUUUGAAAAAUUGGGCACGUCAGAAGAUGCGACUAAAGUACGAGCUCAAAUGCAAUCUGCACAUUUGCUUUCUGGUAAGUACUUUAAGCCGUUGAAUAUUUUGAUGUUCAUGCAAACUAAUCUUUCAUUAUUUUUACAUUCAGACAUGCAGGCUUUCAAAGCAGCAAACCCACAUGCUAUCUUGGAAGAUUUUAUUCGAUGGCAUUCACCACGCGAUUGGAUCCCUGAUGACAAUAAUCCAAACAAGGGAACUCUUAGCCAACGAAUGUUGGAGAAAGGCAAUUUAUGGCAAGAACUGUGGAAGCUAAUCCAACAAAAUGAAUUGUUAAUGGGUAAAGCAAUUUCACUUUUACGAAAGGUAUUACCUAAACAACAUUCUCUUGUUGAAAAACUUUUGGAUAUACCGGAAAGUCAAGUUUCCGAUGGGAAAGAACGUGAAUGCGUAUAUGAAUUGUUUUCUUCUGUUGGUAUGUGA